CAGAAGACGCUGUUGGAAGCCUUGCUUGGCUUUUGGGACUCUGAAGCACUUCCCUGUCUGAGUGCCAAGCCAAGCUAGAACAAAGGGAAUAAACUGCCUUUCUCAUAAAGGCUUUGGGAUGAACUCCUGGCUUGUGUUAGGAAGUCUUUUUGUGUGAAACGGGCACAAAUGGAGUUAUAUUUCUGGUCUUCCAGGUCAGACCACACAAUGACUUCUAAAAGCCAAGAAAGCAUUCCAGCUCCUGAGACUAAAGAAGUAGUACAGCAGGAUGUCCUCAAGAGAGCUACCAGUCUGCCUCUGGUAAGCUCCACCUAUGAUUUGGCUGCCUCUGCUUAUGCCUCAACCAAAGAGAACCAUCCCUAUGUGAAAGUUGUUCUGGAUUUGGCUGAGAAAGGUGUGAAGCAUGUCUCUGAUAUUGCUGUGAGCGGUGCCCAGCCUCUUCUCAGUAAGCUUGAACCACAGGUUGCAGCAGCAAGCCACUAUGCCUCCAAGGGCUUGGACAAGCUAGAGGAGAAGCUCCCCAUCCUUCAUCAGACAGCUGACCAGGUUAUUUCUGAUACGCAAGAACUGGUGUCAUCAAAAGUAGCAGAUGCAAAAGAAGCAGUAGCCAAGGCUGUGCAGGAUGGCAAAGAGAUGGUGGUAGAAACGAGAAUGGGCAAGAUGGCCCUCAGUGGAGCAGAAGCAGUGCUGGAGAAAUCUGAAGAGCUGCUGGACCACUAUCUUCCAAUGACUGAAGAAGAACUGGCAAAAGUUGCAGAAACUACACCAGAAGGAGUGGGCACACCCCUUGAGACUCGGGGGUACUUUGUGCGUCUUGGUUCUCUGUCAACCAAGAUCCAGCGUCGUGCUUAUCAGCAUGCUGUAGCCAGGAUGAAAGCUGCCAGAGAGAACAUCAGAGAGACUUUCAUUCAGCUGCGUCAAGCCAUUGGGCAGAUAGAGGAUACAAAGGAAAGUGUUCAGCAGAAACUUCAGGAAAGCCAGGAGAGGCUUCGUCAGAUAGAAUCUCAGACCUUGGCCAUGUCCCACCACAUCACCCAGCAGCUGCAAGCAGCCUACAAGAACCUGAUUGCCAGCAUCCAAGGCCUGCCAGCUAACUUCCAGCUGAACAUCCAGCUGGCCUACCGCAACAUAGAAGAGCUUCAUACCUACUUCACCAGUGCUCACUCUUUCAAAGACCUCCCCGACAGCAUUCUAAGCCAAAGCCAAGAGAAGGCCCUCAAAGCCCAGGAGUAUGUGGAUGACAUCUUGGACUAUGUCUUACACAAUGCUCCAAUGUCUUGGCUGGUGGGUCCAUUCUCCCCUUCACCUCGGAAACCCGAUGAUGUGAAGCCCACGAAGCCUGAGGAUCAGAACAAGGAAUUGAAAGCGGCAGUGCCAAAGGAGAGUUUAUGACCUGUAGCUCAUUCUAGAGGCUGGAAUUCUGUGUCUCCGGGCACUGAUGGAGCUUGAAAGAGCACUUGAGCCUGCUGUUGAAUUUGUUGGAAGAGCUGAAAUGAAUGUGACUAAGCUAACAUGACAGAACUAUGGCCCUGGAACUUUUGGUAGGAUGGGAGACUUGACCAUUACUAGAAAAAUCAGUUGCUAACUCCCAGGGGCUUCAGACUCUACAAGUAAAACAAAAACAAAAAACCUGACUUGUAUUUAUUCAUUG